AUGGGUAAUAAUCAGGGAGCGCUUCACAAACGUGAUCGAACCGGCGAUGCGCAACAGCGCGCACGACAGUGGGCCAGCGGUGGUGCUGCUGGCAACCACGUGUUGACCACCUCGGAGGAUGGAUGCCCCGUACAGGUAAAAAUAGCAAAAAGUGAUGGAUCAGGUUCAACACCAAGCAUUCAAUUCUCGGAGGCAAACGAAUAUCCAGUAGUUUUCAAAUGGCAGGGCGGAAGUCAGACACGUGCGGUGUACAUAUCCGGCUCAUGGGAUGGAUGGAAAAAGAAAGUACCAUUAUGCAAAUCCACGCAAGAUUUCUCCACUAUUAUUAAUUUAAGCCCAGGUACUGUUUUUAAAAUCUCCACUCAUAUUGGUCAGUAA